UUGACGUAGCGCUGAGGGAUAUGGUGUAGUUGGGAACUGUCAGGUUAAUGGUUGGACUGGAUGAUCUUCAAGGUCUUUUCCAACCUAGAUUCUGUGAUACAGUACCUUGAACACCCUGACCCAGAUCUCUGGAAGGUGACAAUAUCUUCAUUCUUCUAUUCCUGACAUCUCCAGAAUAACAAUACUGAAAACUGUUUCAAUUGUGUAUCUUUUUCUGUAAGAAAAACCUCCUAACAGUACAAAAGCCACAGCUUUCUUAGCCUCCUUUUUUUUGAAUGGCUCCUGAUCUUUAACCUUAUGAAAGCUGAACUUUACUCAUAUGGUAGUCAAUAACUUUGAAGUCAAUAGCUUUACUCGUGAGUAAUUCUCAAUACAUGCUCAAGUGCUUAUAUGCUCAAGGUCUAAAUUAAGACAAAGUACUUUGGCACUGAACAUAAGGUCUCAACUAAACCAUAGCAGAGUGUAACUAAUCAUUUGUUCUACAUUUGCCACCAGAGAGAAAGGACGGUUGAAUAACAUUCUGUUAGUUUGAUCUUAACUUCUUAUGCUUUAUCCUUGAAAAUGAAGAACAACAACCUGCAGAUAUAAUGGGCUAAAUUACUCAAAGUCAUGCAAGUCUAUACGCUGUUAGAUUUAAAGGGAAGUAGGAGUGGUGCUUCAAAAUACACAUACAAAGCACCUGCACCAUAAAUCACCAGCCUGGUAUAGUACCACCCAGAUGUACAUAUGUUCAGGAAAGUGUUGGGGCAAAAGAAAAAAAAAGUGCAGAACAAUGUUUUUUUUUUAAUGCCAACAAAUUUAAAAGAAAGUCAAAUAUAAUGAAAUUGCAUGGUAAAUGAUAGAGUGCUCAGACAGUUUUUCCUAUGAGUGCUGAAUAAUCAAAUACCCAGAAAAAAAAAAAGAACUUACAGUUUGUAGUGAACAUUAGUAAACAUUCUGAAGUGCCUUCCCUUGGUGUGUGUCCUGGUUUAGGCCCAGCUGGCAGCUAAGCACUAUGCAGCCACUCGCUCACUCCUACUCUGCCCGCUGGGAAAGGGAGAAAAAUUGAAAAUAAAAAAAAAGAAAAAUUUAAAACUUGAGGUUUGAGAUAAGUACAGUUUCAUAACUGAAAUAUAAUAAUAAUAAAAUAAUAAUUGUAAUGAAAAUGGGUAUAACAAAUAGAGAUAAAUAAAACUGAAAGGGAAAAAACACAAAAAACGAACAAGUGAUGCACAAUGGCAUUGCUCACCACCUGCUGAUAGAUAGCCAGAUGCUUCCCGAGCAGUGAUCUCCCCUCCCGGGCAGCUCCCCCCCGUUUAUAUACUGAGCACACCAUUCUAUGGUACGGAAUAGCCCUUUGGCUAGUCCGGGUGAGCUGUCCUUGCCAUGCUCCCUCCCAGCUGCCUUUGCAUGCACCUGCUCACUGGCAGAGCAUGGGAAACUGAAAAAUACUUAACUUAUGAUAAGCACUCCUUGGCAAUGACGGAAACAUCAGUGUAUUAUUCCCAUGCUAAAUCAAAAACUGCUGUACCAGCUACUAAGAGAAAAUUAACUCUAUCCCAGCCAAAACCAGGACCAUGUAGAGUAGGAUAAAAACAAGUGUUAAUGAUAUGAUCACAAACACUUUAAUUUUCUACUCUUUUAUUAAUAGCUUGCAGACUUUUUCUCUAAUGCAUUAUAAAAAAAUUAACAGGAUUUUUUGUCAGUUAAUUGUCAUAUUGCUAUUUAAAUGAUAUUUAAAUUAUUUUUUUUUUAACAUUUCCUUGAUAUCUUCCACUUGGGGAAGAUGGACUUUAAUUAUCUGUUGGCUUUUUUGUCUUCAUUUUUUUUUUUCUCAAGUUAAUUUCUAAACUUUUGUUCAGUUAAUUUCUAGCUGAGUCACAGGUACUUUUUUAGGUCAGGUACACCCUUAUGUAGUUUGGUCAUAUAGUAAUGUCAGGGCUGUGACUAUAUUUAAUGGCAUUUCCCUAGUGGCUCUUACAUAGUUAAAAGCUGUAUUUGUAAGACUAGCUUAUUUGGCCAUCUUGAUACACAUUUUUUGCCAGUAUGUUCUUAUACUGAACUGUUCAUUCUAGUUCUCCAGCACUGGGUGCCCCAGAAAAUGUUUUCCAAGGCAAACUUCAUCUAAUCAGAGAAACUACUCCAGAGUUUGAUAUAUCAACAGAGAUAUUCCUUAACAGUUUCUGUAAUUUGAAAAGUACCACUAAAAUACAUGAUUAAAAAAAAAAAAAAGCUGAUUCUCUGGCAGAUAGGUCCAGCACUGAUUUAUUGAAACAAUUUUAUGCAGUUAUAUUACCUUGACUGCGUAGUAAAGCCACUUGCUAUGUAAAUGAAAUAGACCAUAUAGGUCAUCCAAUCAAUGAGCAAAAUGAAUCCCCCUGUCCCUUAAAACAGCUGGGAACAGACCAUCAGAGUGGAAAUAUGUGUAAAUUGUGUUUUCAUGCUAUUUCUUUCAGAGAGAAUGUGAAAUGCUGGCUAGCUGUCUUGUGGACUCUUUGGUUAGAGAAGUUGCAUUCUCUUCUUGUUUUUGUUUGUAAGCAUUUCCUAAAUUUAAACUUCCUUUAUUCUAAGAAUGAGUUUUCAUGUGGCUUUCUGAAAAAGUUUUGCAAUGCAAGAUUUUGUCCUUUUAUUUGAGAGCGAUGCCUCAGUAUACUUCAUGGCCUAAAGAACGUGUAUUUCUUUCUCUUUGAUUAUUAGCUAUGCUUCAAGAAGCCUGUAUCCCAUCACUUAAUUGAAUACAAUUGUUUCUGCUUUGUAAUUCAGAAAACGUUAGAGCAGCUGUGGUUGUUACAUGUCAGGAUCAAAAAUUUAGCACUGAAACAGCAGCUGAGGUCCUUGAGAUAUCAAGAGCAUUUUCACACUGGGACUGUAAUCAAUCAGGAGUACAGCUGAAACCAGAUUAGCCAUUACAGGACUGCAGUUUCUACAGGGUAGUAUCAGAAUGAUUUAUUUUUCUUUGUUGCUCAAACUUCAGUGGCUGGACCAACAUCUUAUCAGGGUAUUUUACUAGCAAAGUACCUUCUGAAGAACUGCCAGGUGGUUUCUCUGUAAAACAGAGACUUCAAAUAGAAAAACCUUAAUGAAUUGAAGACAGUUGAGCAAUGGAAAAGAACUCCUGUCAAUCUUACAAGCUUCUCUUCAAGAAGUGAUGAUGAGACAGAAUACUUCAUCUAAGUGUCCUACCACGUAUCUGGAAAUCUUCCAUGCUGAAAUAUGGACAGGUCACUUGUUUUUAAAAUCUGCUCUUAACUUUUCAAAGUGAAGAUAAUUGUCUCUUUAAUUGCAGCAUAGCAAUUCUGGACUGUUUGUAAUUUUUUGAUAUUGCAAAGUCUGAAUGCUUGAAUAAGCAGGUAAUUCGGGGUAGUGCUUUUAUUGUUCAGUAUGCAUUCUUGUAAAACACCUGGAGAAGAAGGAAGGGAAGAGAAAGGUGGAACAUUUACUUGUGGAUCCUUUUGGUGUUUUAAUCUGUGCUGUGUGUUUAUUGUAUAGCAUGUCUAUUUGAAUAAAAAUUCCAUCUUUUUAUAGGGUUAUCACUGAACAGUUCAUAACACUGCCCUGACACCAGUAGCAAAUCAGCAGUUUACUAUCUACUUAAGAUGCAACUUUCUUCUCAGACUGAACUGACCUGGAUUCACAACAUGCACAGCAGCACUGCCGAAACUCCACAUACAGAUGGAACGUGUAAUGAGACUUUGUCCACGCAGUCACCGAGCUCUGAGUUUUCACUGGGUGUGUUGGUGCUGCUGGCUUUCCUCAUGGUGUUGCUAGCUCUGGUGACCAUCCUUGGAAACGUCCUGGUGAUCCUUGCUUUCAUCAUGGACAGAAACCUCCGGCAUCGGAGUAACUAUUUCUUUCUCAAUCUUGCUAUUUCUGACUUUGCAGUGGGUGCGUUCUGUAUGCCUUUGUACAUCCCUUAUGCCCUGACAGGAACGUGGCACUUGGGAAGAAGCCUGUGCAAGAUCUGGCUAAUUAUGGACUAUCUCCUGUGCACAGCUUCAGUGUUUAGCAUCGUCCUUAUCAGCUACGACCGUUUCCUGUCAGUUACAAAAGCUGUAUCUUACAGAGCCCAGCAGGGAAUAGCAUCCAACCCAGUGGUCAAGAUGGUGGCCAUCUGGUUCUUUGCCUUCCUCCUCUACUGCCCGGCAAUUCUCUUUUGGGAGCACGUGGCUGGACGUAGCAUGGUAGCAGCGGAUCAGUGCUACGCUGAGUUCUUCAACAACUGGUACUUCCUCCUGUGUGCAUCCACCCUGGAGUUCUUUGUGCCGCUGCUCUCAGUGACCUACUUCAACGUGCACAUCUUCCACAACAUCCAGAGGCGCCAGCGGCGUGGCAGCACGCAGGACUGUGAGCCUCCAAGGAGCAGCAGCCUGUCCUGGAGAUUUUGUCUCUUGCCAAGGCCAGGAGCAUCUCCUCCUCCAUCAGAAGCAGAGGACAGUGUUUCAUCAUUAACGAGGUCAUAUAGACCAGCAGUGAUAGCUAACUGUCCAUCUCCAACACAAACCAGUUCCACAGCUCUCAAAAGGGACUUUUCUGUUUCUUUCCAUUCAAGGACUGGGUCAAAACUGCAGCAGGACAAGAAAAUAGCAAAGUCGCUUGCCAUAAUUGUGUGUGUCUUUGCCAUCUGCUGGGCGCCAUACACUUUACUAAUGAUUAUUCGUGGGGCCUGCCAAGGAAAGUGCAUCCAUAACUCCUUGUAUGAAAUAACAUUUUGGCUUUUGUGGAUCAAUUCCUCUUUGAACCCAUUUCUUUACCCUCUCUGCCAUAUGAGGUUUCGAAUGGCUUUCAUGAAAAUACUAUGCCCCAAAAAGCUUGCAACAUUGAGAUCACGUAACACACCUUCUAUUUAGACAGUUAAAAUAAAUGACUUACAGAUAAGGCUCCUCUCUUAUUUAGUGCUAUCUUUUCAUAUGUGUCUCCAACAGAAAUAGAGAAAAAACUUUUGUUUGCCAAUGGCCUUGGUUAAGAGUGCAGCAGAGGUAUGUAUUUGCCCUGAUAUUGGUAGCUUUCAGGAUCUUGUUUUUGUUUUUGCUGAUAUGAUGCCAGGUUAAACACCAUCUAGUGCAUUAAAAAGAAUAACAAGUUUUGUUGGAUGUCCUUGGUUUGUGGGUUU